AUGGGCAUCGACAUGGAGAUGUCCAAGAACUUCCAGCGCAUCCUGCAGAAGCAGGGCCUCAAGUUCAAGCUGGGAACCAAAGUGAUGGGAGCCAGCCGGAGACCCGACGGGAAGAUAGACGUGGCGGUGGAGGCGGCGGCCGGAGGGAAGAACGAGACCCUGACCUGCGACGUGCUGCUGGUCUGCAUCGGCCGGCGGCCCUACACCCAGAGCCUGGGGCUGGAGGCCGUGGGCAUCGAGCUGGACAACCGGGGACGCAUCCCCGUCAACGGGCGCUUCCAGACCAAAGUGCCCAGCAUUUACGCCAUCGGGGACGUGGUGGCCGGCCCCAUGCUGGCCCACAAGGCGGAGGACGAGGGAAUCAUCUGCGUGGAGGGCAUGGCAGGGGGCGCCGUGCACAUAGACUACAACUGCGUCCCCUCGGGCGUCCCGUACAAAGUGGGCAAGUUCCCGUUCGCCGCUAACAGCCGAGCAAAGACCAACGCCGACACCGACGGCCUGGGUGCAGGAGAGAUGAUAAACGAGGCGGCCCUGGCCAUGGAGUACGGCGCCUCCUGUGAGGACAUCGCCCGGGUCUGCCACGCCCACCCCGUAAGUCCCGCCUCCACACGAAAACAAACGCACCUCCUGGAGGAGAGGUCCCGAUAA